UGACGUCAAGGCGCGAUGACGUCACGGCCCACGCCGUCGCCGACGCGGAAGCGGGGCUCUUCUGCGCCGCCCCGGUCACGGGCGCCGGGCGGAAGCGGGAAAGCUGGUGGUCCGCGAAGGGGCUCGUCUUACGCAGCGUGCUGUGAGAGGGAAACGAGGGGCGCUAAGGGCGCGAAGGGCAAGGACACUGUCAUUCAUCCCAUUCAUUCUGCUUCCAGUUGUUUUUUUUUAAAGGGUCAGCUACUAGUGACUGCUUGCAACACAUUUUAUUCCUACCAAGUGUCUGCACAUGGUGGAGCAGUGGUGGCUCACAGUCCAGUUUUGACACCAAUAGGAAGAUUGGGGACUUCUGUUCCCAACCUCAUUAGAAAAAUGCCAGGAAAUGACUGUUUAGCACACCUUGAAUUACACACCCUUGACCAAAUCACUGAACAGGAGGAGUCAGGUACACACUUCCUGACUAGUUGUUGUGACCAAGGAGUCAAGGCCACACAUGAUUACACCUCCCUUGCUAAUUACACGUCUAGAAGACUAGAGGCAGAAGCAGAACCCAAGGGGGAGGGGCAGAAAGGAAGAAUCCUAGCAGACAAAAUAAACAUUCCUAUAUAUACAAGUGAGAAUCUGAGUUAGGCAGGAGAACAUUUUAAUGUUAAACAGUGAAUCUUGCUCCGUUUCCACGUGAUAAAUUGAGAGGUGAACAUGUGUAUUCUGAAAGAGCUUCCUGGGAGUUUAUGGUAGGUGUCAUAACUGGAGAAUCCCCUCUCUGUAAUGGUGUGCUAUUUUUAUAACAAAAUGUGUGUGUGUGU